AUGGUUUUGGUCGGCAAACAGCGAGAGGAAAAUGUUGCCGAGCCAGUGCUGGAGGAACUCAUCGCUGACGAUCGCACGCCAUGGUUCAAGAAACCGAACUUGAGACGCCUCUAUGUCAUUCUAUUCGCUGCUUGCAUGGGUAUUGAGAUCACCUCUGGGUUUGAUUCUCAGAUUAUUAAUACCGUGCAGAUUGUCUACACUUGGAGCAAAUGUGAGUCUCCUGCUCCCUGGAGUGUUAGCGCCUGCAUCAAAACUGAAGCUGUCGUAGACUUUGGUCAUGAAUCGGGCAAGAUUGUCGAUGGUCGUCCUCAGUGGAUCAUUGGGUCCAACUUGAAAGGCUUCCUGGGCGCUUCAUACUCCCUCGGGGCGAUCAUCUCGCUUCCAUUCGUGCCCUAUCUGAAUCAGCUGGUGGGUCGACGAUGGACAAUUAUGUUUGGCUCGUGCGUGAGCCUGGUUGGAGCUCUUCUCCAAGGUUUCUCCAAUGGAGUGGCUAUGUAUGUUGUUGCACGUAUGAUCCUCGGAUUUGGAAUCCCGUUCUGUAUCGUUGCAGGCUCGUCUUUAUUAGGAGAGCUGGGACACCCUAGAGAACGACCAAUUCUGACCUCGCUAUUCAAUUCCUCUUACUACAUGGGUCAGAUCAUCGCCGCGUCCGUGGGAUUGGCCACGGUGAACAUAGCCAGUGACUGGGCGUGGCGGAUCCCAUCCUUGCUGCAAAUUGCGCCUGCCAUGAUCCAAAUAAUGACAGUGAUGUACAAUGCCUUGGUUUAUGACUUUAGUAGUGCCCGACUGACAUUCAGCUUCAGGCUACUGCCGGAGAGUCCCAGAUACCUGAUCAGCAAGGAUCGACGAGAGGAAGCUUUCGAUAUCCUCACGAAGUAUCAUGCCGAGGGUGACCGAAACUCGGUUCUUGUGAAAGCGGAAAUCUCGCAGAUCGAGCAAACAAUCAAGUUGGAGCUUGAAGAGUCAAAACAAUCAUGGAUGGAUAUGUUCCGUACUUCUGGUAUGCGUCGUCGACUAUUCAUCUCGGCUUUCCUGGGGCUGUUUACCCAAUGGUCGGGAAACACUUUGAUCUCCUAUUACCUGAGUGACCUGUUGAACAUGGUGGGAAUUACCAACGGCACGAGGAAGUCCAAGAUCAACAUUGGUCUUGCAUGCUGGUCUUUGAUUGUUGGGACAACAUAUGCGGUGUUGGCACCUCGUUGGAAGCGACGUCCGACGUAUCUCAUCUGCGCAGGAAGCCUGCUUUGCGUUUACAUUGCAUGGACAAUUUCCAUGGAACGUUCCAUCAAUACCAAAUCUCAAGCAUCAGCCAUUCUCACAAUCUUUUUUAUUUUUGCCUACACACCUGCAUAUAACCUCGGAUAUAAUGCUCUGACUUACACGUAUCUUAUCGAACUGUUCCCUUAUAUGGGUCGCUCACGUGGUCUCUCUUGGUUCCAAUUCUACGGCCGCGGUGCAAGCUUUUUUGCCACCUAUGUGAACCCUAUCGGUCUCGAUAGAAUUAGAUGGAAGUGGCUUCUUGUUUACUGCUGCUGGCUGGCAUUUGAAUUGAUCUUCAUUUAUCUUUUCUUCCCGGAAACCUCGGGCCGCACGCUGGAGGAACUAUCAUUUUUGUUCGAAGAAAAAAGCAAGGCGGAUCAAGUCGCUGCUGCGGUCCACAAAGAAAUUGAUCAUUCAGAUGAGAAGAAAGGAGCAGCUUCUCAUGUGGAAGUGCGAGAAGCCAAGGAUGUUGCUUAG